AUGCUUUCGUCCCUUCUGUUCCUCGUUUUACCCGCACUCACCCUCGCCGCCCCUCCCACCUCGCCUACUAUUACGAAGAUAGUCUUCUCGGGCAGCGGCUGCCCCAACGACUCAGGCUCCGUCAGAGCAGAUACACCAACUCUUGGCGACAGUGCCGGCGUGUCGUUCAGCGCGCUCAAGGGCGACAACACAGACAACUGCGCAGUACACAUUCAGUCCUCGGGCGCUACACCAGGGUGGCAAGUGGCAGUCAGCCAGAUCACAUACGAGGGCGAUGUAAAUCUGCGCGGACGUAGUGAGCUGGACACAUUUACGCAAGUUUUCUGGAGCGAGAAUGCUGGCAACACCGGAACGCUGACUGGAAGUCUCACAUGCACCGGCCCCGAGAUCAGAGAGUACCUCACAGUUCGCUCAAGCACGGCGGACUUGAAAUGGUCGAAGUGCACUGGCGACAACGGCAGCCCAGGUAUCUUGAACGUCAACUUUAGGCCAGUAGUACAGGGAGACUUCGGAACAUACGACUUCAAGCAUGCGAGCUGGACGCUGGUGUGGAGAAAAUGCUGA